ACCACCGUGCAGUUCUUUAUGACCAUCAAGAUGAGAUCCAUCUUCACUAUAACUCUUAUUUGGGGGCUCUUCUGCAGAGGGCAUGCUCUCAUUUGCAACCAGUGCAUUCCUGUUACCUAUCCAUGGCAGUGCACAAAUACAGAAUCAGCAUGUGGCACGGGAUCAUGUGGCAGUAUGACUGUUACCACUUACAAUUCUUGGAUCAGAGUACUAAGCAUGAAUUUUAAGACCUGCUUGCCACCUGAGCAGUGCAUCACCGGGACAUUGAACUUUGGUUUUGGUACUACUGCAACAGUAAGCACGGCAUGCUGUAAGACAGACCUCUGCAAUUCUCAGGACACUCCAGAACUAAAUACAAAUACCACUCUCAACGGGAGGAAGUGUUUCACCUGUCACCUGGGACAUGACUGUAAACAGUCUAUAUCCUGUCAGGGAAAUGAGGACCGCUGCAUGAAAACAGCAAUUGACGUGUAUGGAGAGAUGAUCACUGCAAAAGGAUGUGCAUCAAGUAGCCUUUGCAGAGCUAACUUGUCUGCACAGUUGGGUUCCAUGUCUGAGAACUUGAACUGCUGUGAGGGAGACCUGUGCAACGGUGCCAAGCAUGUGGGAGGAGGAGUCCUGCUCCUGUUGGGGUCUGUCGUCUCCGUCCUGGUCUUCCACUGAAGUCCCUCACAGGAUCUCCGAGUCCCAGCUACACCUGUCCUUCCCUGCCUGGUCAUGGAGGCUGGCAUUGGCAGUAGGCCUAUAUCAAUUAUAAUACUUUGCGUGGAUUAAUUAACAUUUGCAUGAUAAGUAGGGCCUAUCUGAAGUGAGGAUUUAUUGCUGUUUGUGAAAAUAAAUGAUAAUUGUUUCAUAUGCUUUUUUGAAAACUAUCAAAACAUGUCAUGA